AGGUCCUUCCUUCUUUGAACAUAUUCAACUCAAACCCGACGACGUGUAAAGUGAAAAAAAUCCAGCAACUAAUCAGAAGGGAAAUGUAAAACUGAAUUUGACAUACAAGCCUAGACGGGAUUUCAAAAAUCACCGAAGAAUAUCACCUAUAUUAUUACGUGCCCUGGACGAAGCGUUUUUGCUUUCUCUGAGGACUUGAUGCAUGUGUUCCCAGCAUCAUAUUUCAUGUAACAAAAAAUAGCAGAAAACAAUAACAUCAGGUUCAGAAUUGUAUACACCAUACCAAGUAAUAUAAAUAUUGGGAGUGGCUUACUAAAUACACCGUGCAGACGUUAUCCUAUCCUGUAUAUUAUACAAGCCCUACAACUUCAGACUGACUUUUGUUUCUAUCCAUGGGGGAUAUGUUUAUGUGGUACGACUAUCUCCAGGAAAUGCAGUGUGGGGUGAGCGGAAGUAGUACGGCAGCAGAAAAAUAGUGUACACAGUUAGAACAAACAGAGAAAGACUAAUACUGGGGAAGCAGUCGCGGUUACCGCGCUGCGAUACCCGGGAUUUUAGCGGUAAGAGGGGGUUAUUGUUAAAAGGAAUUGCAAAGACCAUGAAAGUGUGCUGUUCCAUUUUCUCCUUUUUACGUCUCUGACUUCUCAAAAGGGUUUGAGGCCUUUAUCUACUCGUCUUUAUCCUGGUGCAGACUUCUGUGUAUGUAAUCAUGGAAGCUGAAAGCGAGACCAAUUCUACUUCUACCAAUGGUAAUUCAGGUGGCAACACUCGUCCCCAAAUUGCUCAGAUGUCACUUUACGAGAGACAAGCUGUGCAGGCUCUACAAGCACUUCAGAGGCAGCCGAAUGCUGCUCAGUAUUUUCAUCACUUCAUGCUUCAUCAGCAACUUAGCAAUGCACAGCUUCACAGCCUAGCUCAGGCAACAUUGGCAGCCAAUAGGCAGGCUAACUCUCCAAACACAAGUACUGCUCAGCAGACGAAUACCACCCAAGCUUCAGUGAACUUAACGACCACAUCAGCUGCUCAGCUGAUUAGCCGUUCUCAGAGUGUUACAACACCAACAUCUGGCACUUUAACACAGUCAGUGCUUCUGGGCUCCAACAGUUCUCCUCCAGUCAAUGCCAGCCAGGCACAGAUGUACUUAAGGCCACAGCUCGGAGGUUUGCUCCAGGUGAACCGCACCCUGAGCCGUGCAGUGCCUCUCCCCUCCCAGCUCAUCCUCAUGCCCAACUGCACUGUGGCAGCCGUUCAACAGCAAGAGGUCACACCUCAGUCACCCACUGUGCACAGUGAUUCAGACCAGGCUCAGAAUUUGGCGGUCAGAAGUCCACAGACCUCAACAGCCAACAGUCAAAUCCCAAGUUCUACACAGAAAGUAUCAACACCAACAAAUUCACAGCCUUCAGGCCUUAAUCAGACUCCAGCAGCUGUUCAGACUAUGGCAGUGAGCCAGGCACAAGUCAGUGGCCACUCACUAAAUCUCAGCCAAGGCACAGUGAUGAGUACCACACCAUCAGUGGCUGGUCAGACCUCUGCAGGCCUUAACCAAGCCACUUCCCUCAAUCAAGUGUCUACUGCUUGCCAAGUGAAGAGUUCUGGUAUUAACCAACCUCCAGUACUCACUGGACAGACGGCAACUGUAAGCCAGGGCAGCCAGACAGAGGCUGAAAACACAGUUAAGAAGGUGGAAGGAGAAAACGGGCAAACUGUUGGGAUGAAUCUAACAAGAAGUGCCACUCCAGCUCCCAGCCAGACUCUUAUUAGCUCAGCCACUAGCUACACUGCGCAGAUCCAGCCUCAUUCUCUUAUCCAGCAGCAGGUGCAUCUUCAGCAGAAGCAGGUGGUGAUCCAGCAACAGAUUGCGAUUCAUCAUCAACAGCAGUUCCAGCACCGCCAGUCCCAGCUGCUUCACACAGCCGCUGCCACCACCCAUCAUCUCCAGAUAGCACCACAAUCCUCCCCACAGCCACAGUCUUCUCCUCAGACAGCAGCUCAAACACUGGUUGUCCAACCAAUGAUACAGACACAGCAGACUCCUCUCCCUCUCCAGUCUUCAUCUGAGACCCCCAGCCAGGCUAGCAAGCCGUUGAUUCCUAUUCAGCCAAAGCAGCCAGUGAAGAUUCAGAAUGUACCAGCUACAACAGGUGCUAAGCUGACUGCUCAGCCACACAUUCCAGUGCAGGUGGUUGGAGCUAGGCAGCCAGGUCCGGCACAGGCUCAGGCUUUGACUGCCCAGCUGCAAGCAUUAGGACCUACAACUUCAGCAACUACAGCACCAUCUUCACAGCAACAGCAGCACCAUACAAACACAGCCCCAACACUGACUCAAGCUACACCUGAGCCCCAGCCUGUUGCCAUAUCACAGGGCCAGACCAUUUCUCCUGUUCCAGCACCUGAAUCCAUCCAGUCCACUGCAGCCACACUGUUGCAGGCAGAACAACAACCAGUAGGACCCCCUGCUGAGCCAGCGAGGAGUGAGAAUCCACCUUCCACGGUGACACCUUUGCCAGCUGCACUUUAUGCACAGCCACCAUUACUACCUAUAAAGACUGUGACAGCAGGUGUAAAAAGGAAACUUGAGUCAGAGGAUGAAAAGGUAGAGACAUCAGAAACUUCUCCACUCCCCUUUGUUUCCGUCAGCAGCGAGAUGUCAAAGCCUGGUGAGGAGCAACUUGGAGAGAGAGAAAAGCCAGAUGUCAGUGCAAGCUUGCCUGUAACCAGGAGUAUCCCUGCUGGUGUUGUGACUGUAGCUCCCACUGUUGACCUCUCCUGUCGCCAGAACAGUGAUUCAAAACCACCCCAAGCCAUUGUGAAGCCACAAAUCCUAACCCAUGUUAUUGAGGGUUUUGUCAUUCAGGAGGGGGCAGAACCAUUUCCGGUUGGGUGUGCUCAGCAGCUGAAGGAUUCAGAAAAAGGAGGCGUCUCUUCUGAAAAUGACCAAACUGUUGGAGAUGGCAAUGAUGAAGAGUUGAAAAAGAAGGAAGAAAAGUUAAAAUGUGAAUACUGUGGCAACUACAAACCUGCUUACCAGUUUCGAGGCUCUAAACGCUUCUGCUCUGUGACUUGUGCUAAAAGGUACAAUGUCAGUUGUGGUCAGCAAUUCCGCUUGAAGAGAAAGAAGAUGGAAGUGCAGGAGACUGAGGCUAAUGCAGCCAGAUUGCGAUGGAGAGGUCCAAGACGCAGCAGCUCAGAGAUUGCGUGGGCCAAAAUACAAGGAAAACGUCCCAGGAGUCAAGAAGAUUCAAGUCGUGGUUCAGAUAAUUCUAGCUAUGAUGAGGCAUUGUCUCCAACAUCACCUGGAGCCACACAGCAAGCAAGAACAAAUCAUGUUGAACGUGACGGAGGGGGCUCUGGCAGCGGUCUUCCCCCACCAGACCUUCUUGGUAUCAAUCCAGUGUUCCUCUCCAGCAAUCCUAGCCACUGGAAUGUGGAUGAAGUAUAUGAAUUCAUUGCUUCUUUACCAGGCUGUCAGGAGAUUGCAGAGGAAUUCCGAUCGCAGGAGAUAGAUGGGCAGGCACUCUUGCUUUUGAAGGAGGAGCAUCUGAUGAGUGCCAUGAACAUCAAGCUGGGUCCAGCACUGAAGAUUUGUGCGAAGAUCAAUGUAUUGAAGGAAUCAUAGAGGGGCAUUCAGCAGGAGUUGUACAAAUAGCAUUUUCUACUUUCCCCUCUUAUAUGGACAGCCUGUUGAUAGCUUUGUAAACCAGUCAGAGGCUGUAAAAAUAAGACUCCUUUCGCCAUCCCAUCUUGCAUUCCUCCUCCUCCUGACUUCUGCCUUGGCUGCUGCCUGCUGAGGCCUUAAACCUCAUCUUGCCUUUACUAAAGUUAACUAGUAAUGAAAGCUUGUUACCCUGCUGAGAGAACUGUGUAGUUAAGGAAUUCUUAGCUGAGCCAUAUGUCAGUACUGGGACUGUAUUCCCAGAUUGAAAAUCCAGCAAAGCUGUAGCAAAAAUAUGCAAGGAUUAAAGUUCAGAAUCACAAAUUUUGUUUUGUCUUUAUAGUCAGACUUUUUCAGCAUUGCUCUGACAUCUGUUUUAAGUACAUUUCUUUAAAGACUUGAGAAACUUGACAUGCUGACCAGAGUUAGUGUCCAACUGUUUUCUGCUACACAUGAAAAAAAAAAAACUCUACCCAUUGUCAUUAUAGUUAGCCACUACAUGAUUUCUUAUGGUGACUAUACUGUCUAUAGUAUUGCAGAUGUUGAAACAAAGCAGACAGCUUUUAAUUUCAGGUUUUGUUUCCACAAAUACUUUCAAAAUGUGUUAUCACAUAGGUAUCCUUUAAGUCAGUAUGCACAGUAUAUAACGUUUUUGGGAUAGAUACCAAGUUUGUUUUCCUUGGGGUUCCCCUAAAUGUUUUGUUCUCAUGUGGCAGUUAAAUCACGGUUUGGCAAACUUGAGUACUGAAUUUAUUUAAUGUUAUAUGUAAAAGGUCUGUAUAAUGUAAAGUUUUACACUUCACUUUCUGCUCCAGCACAUUUUAGUGGUGGGAAAUUACAUUACUGUACUUUUCUUCAGUCUGAAUUAAAAUAUACUUUCAAAGGAAA